GAGCCGCCGGCCGACUUCAUCUGCCCGAUCACGACCGAGAUCAUGGUCGAGCCAGUCGUGGCGGCCGAUGGGCAGUCGUAUGAGCGGACGGCGAUCGAGCGUUGGCUCGCGACCAAGUCGACGAGCCCGCUGACCGGCGGCGAGCUCGAGCAUAGCAUCCUGAUCCCGAACCACAACUUGCGCCGGACGAUUCGAGAGUGGCAGGAGGCGCGGGCGUCACUUUGA